AUGAAGAUAUUGAUGAGAAACACUACUUUUCAUUUCUCACUUUUACUCGCUCAAUUCGUUUCAUUAGAGGAGAAUUCGUCGAGGCGAAAUGUUGAAUCAAGGAUCGUUUUUGGACUCGCCUGUCUCUACCUUACUUGCAAGGUGCUUUACUUUCUCCACUUCUUGUACAGAUGCAUUUUGAUCAAUUGGAAGAGUAUGAUAGUGGAUUCGAGAAAAGAAGCUUGUCUUGGUGUGCACUCAAAUGAUUAUGUGCAUCACGAAUGUGUCACUCGCACAAUAACGUUUCGUCUGAAAGCAAAGGAUGCCUCGAUAAUUUUUGUUACGGGCUCGUUUCUCAAUUGGGAGACGUUGUUGCCGAUGAAAAAGAAAGAUGAUUCUGAUGAGUGGGUGCUUCGUGUUCAAGUACCGAUUGGACAUCACAAAUACCGAUUUGUGAAAGAUGGUAGAUGGACGGUCAGCGAUGAUAAGCGCAUAUGGGCCGAUGAGAAUGGUUAUCUUCACAACGUGCUUCACGUCGUAGCCAAGGAGUUAAAUGGGGUGAAACUUGCUCGAAAGACAAAUUUCAGCGUGGACCAA